CGCCCCCGCCCCCUCCCCCCCCCGCCCGCUCCCUGCGCUCCUGAGGCGGCGGCGGCGCAGCCCGGGCUCCGCGGCGCCUCAGCCGGCCGGCGGAGGGCGGGGGGGGGGAAGCCAUGGACUGAGCGGCACCAUGGGCGCCAAGGAGUCCCGCAUCGGCUUCCUCAGCUACGACGAGGCCUUGCGGAGGGUUACGGACAUAGAGCUGAAGCGACUGAAAGAUGCUUUCAAGAGAACUUGUGGACUCUCAUACUAUAUGACCCAACAAUGCUUCAUCAGGGAAGUUCUUGGUGAUGGAGUCCCUCCAAAAGUUGCUGAGGUUAUCUACUGUUCGUUUGGAGGAAUGUCCAAAGGGCUGCACUUCAAUAACUUGAUAGUUGGAUUAGUUCUACUUACAAGAGGCAGAGAAGAAGAGAAAGCAAAAUACAUUUUCAGUCUCUUCUCUAAUGAAUCUGGGAGUUAUGUUGUUCGUGAAGAGAUGGAGAAGAUGCUGCAGGUGGUUGAUGGAAAAGUGCCAGAAUCGCUCAAGAAAUGUUUCUCUGAGGGUGAAAAGGUAAACUAUGAGAAGUUCAGGGUUUGGCUAUUGCACAACAAAGAUGCUUUCACAUUUUCCCGUUGGCUGCUGUCUGGAGGUGUGUAUGUGACACUCACUGAUGAUAGUGAUACUCCUACCUUCUAUCAAACACUGGCUGGAGUCACACACUUGGAAGAAUCUGACAUCAUUGAUCUUGAAAAACGAUACUGGCUGCUAAAAGCUCAAUCAAGAACUGGACGUUUCGACUUAGAAACAUUUGCCCCCUUGGUUUCGCCUCCUAUUCAUCCAUCUCUGAGUGAAGGUUUGUUUAAUGCCUUUGAUGAAAACCGAGACAAUCACAUAGAUUUUAAAGAAAUUUCCUGUGGGCUCUCAGCAUGUUGCAGGGGACCCUUGGCAGAAAGACAAAAAUUUUGCUUCAAGGUUUUUGACAUUGACCGGGAUGGUGUGCUGUCUCGCACGGAACUUAAAGAAAUGGUGGUUGCACUUUUAGAAGUCUGGAAGGAUAACCGCACCGAUAAAAUACCUGAACUGGACAUGGAUUUGUCUGAAAUUGUAGAAGAUAUUUUGAAAAUGCAUGAUAACACAAAGCUUGGACACCUCACUCUGGAGGACUACCAGAUAUGGAGUGUGAAGAGUGCUCUUGCCAAUGAAUUUUUAAAUCUACUUUUUCAGGUGUGUCAUAUAGUUUUGGGGCUACGACCUGCCACUCCAGAAGAAGAAGGACAGAUUAUUAGAGGCUGGUUAGAAAGAGAAAGCAGAUACGGCCUUCAGCCAGGGCACAACUGGUUUCUUAUUGCAAUGCCAUGGUGGCACCAGUGGAAGGAGUAUGUCAAAUAUGAUGCAAACCCUGUUGUGAUAGAGCCUUCAUCUGUCUUGAGUGGAGGUAAGAAUUCACUCAUAGCUGCUGCAGCCAAUACUUCAGAACAGGGAGAAGACAAAAUGGGAGGUCUUAAUUACUUCAGUGCAACAGAAGAAAAGUUUUCAGAUAAUAUUUCUACUGCAUCAGAAGCCUCAGAGACUACUAGCAGCAAUGCUCUUUACCCUGGCACACCAGGGACUGAUGUAUGUUUCGCUAGGCAGCAUAAUACUUCAGACAACAAUAACCAGUGUUUCCUUGGAACCAAUGGGAAUUCUUUGCUACAACUUAAUCCUCAGAAACCAGGAGCUAUUGAUAACCAACCCCUUGUAACGCAAGAACCAGUGAAGGCUGCAUCAUUAACAAUGGAGGGUGGAAGAUUAAAGCGAUCACCGCAAUUGAUUGAAGGGAAGGACUACAUAAUGGUACCGGAGCCCGUUUGGAGAGCACUUUACCAUUGGUAUGGAGCAAAUCUGUCCUUGCCCAGGCCGGUGAUCAAAAACAGCAAAACAAAUGUGCCUGAACUAGAGUUAUUUCCUCGCUAUCUGCUCUUUCUGAGACAGCAGCCUGCCACUCGAACACAGCAGUCAAACAUCUGGGUGAAUAUGGGUAUGAUGAGCCUGAGAAUGUUUCCUCAGCAUUUACCUAGAGGGAAUGUACCUUCACCGAAUGCUCCUUUAAAGAGAGUCUUGGCUUACACUGGCUGCUUUAGUCGAAUGCAAACGAUUAAAGAGAUACACGAAUACCUCUCUCAGAGGCUACGUAUAAAAGAAGAAGAUAUGCGCCUCUGGUUAUACAACAGUGAGAACUAUCUUACUUUGCUCGAUGAUGAAGAUCACAGAUUGGAGUACCUUAAAAUCCAAGAUGAGCAGCAUUUAGUAAUAGAAGUUCGAAACAAAGACAUGAGCUGGCCUGAAGAGAUGUCUUUUAUAGCAAACAGCAGUAAAAUAGACAGACAUAAAGUUCCUACUGAAAAGGGUGCAACUGGAUUAAGCAAUCUGGGUAACACAUGUUUCAUGAACUCCAGUAUCCAGUGUGUCAGUAAUACACAACCUCUGACACGGUAUUUCAUCUCAGGAAGACAUCUUUAUGAACUUAACAGGACAAAUCCAAUAGGAAUGAAAGGACACAUGGCCAAAUGCUAUGGGGAUUUGGUUCAGGAGUUGUGGAGUGGGACUCAGAAGAACAUAGCACCAUUAAAGUUACGGUGGACUAUAGCAAAAUAUGCUCCAAGGUUUAAUGGCUUUCAGCAGCAAGACUCACAGGAGCUUCUAGCUUUUCUUUUGGAUGGUCUUCAUGAGGAUUUGAAUAGAGUUCAUGAUAAACCAUAUGUUGAACUGAAAGAUAGUGAUGGUCGACCAGACUGGGAAGUAGCAGCUGAGGCCUGGGAAAACCAUCUGAGAAGAAACAGAUCCAUUGUCGUAGAUUUAUUUCAUGGGCAGCUGAAGUCACAAGUAAAGUGUAAAACUUGUGGACAUAUAAGUGUUAGAUUUGACCCUUUCAAUUUUUUAUCCUUACCUUUGCCAAUGGAUAGCUACAUGCACCUAGAAAUUACAGUAAUCAAAUUGGAUGGUACUACGCCUGUUCGAUAUGGCCUGAGAUUGAACAUGGAUGAAAAGUAUACGGGUUUGAAAAAACAGUUAAGUGAACUCUGUGGGCUGAAACCAGAACAGAUACUCCUUGCAGAAGUCCAUAGCUCCAAUAUAAAGAACUUUCCUCAAGACAACCAGAAAGUCCGGUUAUCAGUGAGUGGGUUUUUGUGUGCAUUUGAAAUACCCAUUCCAGGAUCACCUACAUCAGCAUCAAGUCCUGUGCAGACAGAUACCUCGACUGGAUCAUCAACUAACGGAGCACCCAACAUAAUGAUGAAUGGGGACCUUCCCAAACCAACCCUGAUUCCCAACGGAAUGCCAAAUACUGUAGUGCCAUGUGGAACAGAGCGGAACCUUGCCAACUGGACUCUGAACGGUCACGUGCCCUUGAUUUCUGACAGUCCGUGUACAGGGUAUAUAAUUGCGGUCCAUAGAAAAAUGAUGCGGACAGAACUGUAUUUUCUUUCAUCUCAGAAGAAUCGCCCCAGCCUCUUUGGAAUGCCACUGAUUGUUCCUUGUACAGUUCAUACACGGAAAAAAGACCUGUAUGAUGCAGUAUGGAUCCAGGUUUCCAGGCUGGCUAGCCCUCUCCCACCUCAGGAAGCUAGUAAUCAUGCACAAGACUGUGAUGAUAGCAUGGGGUAUCAGUAUCCAUUCACUCUAAGAGUAGUUCAGAAGGAUGGAAAUUCUUGUGCUUGGUGUCCGUGGUACAGAUUUUGCCGUGGCUGUAAAAUUGAGUGCACAGAGGACAGAGCUUCUGUUGGUAACGCUUACAUUGCUGUAGACUGGGAUCCGACAGCACUCCAUCUACGCUACCAGACAUCACAGGAACGGAUUGUAGAAGAACAUGAAAGUGUUGAACAAAGCCGACGAGCUCAAGCAGAGCCCAUCAAUCUGGAUAGCUGUCUUCGAGCCUUCACCAGUGAGGAAGAACUGGGGGAGGAUGAGAUGUACUACUGUUCCAAAUGCAAGACCCAUUGCCUGGCUACAAAAAAACUAGAUCUUUGGAGGCUUCCUCCUAUUUUGAUCAUUCACCUGAAAAGAUUUCAGUUUGUAAAUGGUCGCUGGAUAAAAUCUCAGAAAAUUGUUAAAUUUCCCCGAGAAAAUUUUGACCCAAGUGCCUUUUUGGUACAAAGGGAUCCAAGUCAUUUUCAAAGAAAGCAGUUAACUCCUCAACUUGAUGACCUUCCUGAACCACGGACCCCUCUCCAAGGGGAGUCUAAAAAAGUAGAUCUGCAGAUUACUUACACAGCAGAAGGAGAUGCACUGAACAGAAGUCCAUCAUCCCUUAACACUACUAAUGUCUUGAAUAAUAUCAAAGCAUCUCCAUCUUUGGGAAGGAAAAGUGGAACCAGCUGUCCUUCAAGUAAAAACAGUAGCCCAAAUAGUAGCCCAAGGACUUUAGGAAGAGGCAAAGGGCGUUUGCGGCUACCACAACUGGGUAAAAACAAACUAUCAAGUAGCAAAGAAAAUUUGGAUGCAAGUAAAGAGAACGGUACUGACCAGGAACAGAAAUUUACUUCUGAUCGAAGUGAUGCUCUUACCAGAGGGCAGAUUUUGGGUGGUAGCCAGAGUGAACUGUAUACUGCUCAGGACAAUGAGAUGACUCUAGCCAAUGGAUAUAUUUGUGAACAGAAUGCAUAUAGUAAUGGCAGUAUCAACGGUCAAAUUGAUAACCACAGCGAGGAUGAUAUUACAGAUGACCAAAGAGAAGACGUUUGUGUUAACCCUAUUUACAAUCUAUAUGCAAUUUCGUGCCAUUCAGGAAUUAUGGGAGGGGGUCAUUAUGUCACUUAUGCCAAAAACCCAAACAACAAGUGGUACUGCUACAACGACAGUAGCUGUAAGGAAUUGCAUCCUGAUGAAAUCGACACCGACUCUGCCUACAUUCUUUUCUAUGAGCAGCAGGGGGUAGACUAUGCACAAUUUCUGCCAAAGAUUGAUGGCAAAAAGAUGGCAGACACAAGCAGCAUGGAUGAAGACUUUGAGUCAGACUAUAAGAAGUACUGUGUUUUACAGUAAGCAGAUGAUCUUCCAUGGACUGUUUUGAGAAUGUGAGGGAUAACACCCUGAAACUUACAUUUGGCAAAAAUGUUAUUGAAACAGAUAAGCUAAGUGUAGUUAUUGUACCCUGUGGUCUGAAAGCACAAAAAGAAAACCCUAAUUAAAUAGCAGUUAAUAUAAAGAUAGUAUUGUUUUGUUCUGUUAUCUCACUACAUGCUCUAAACAUUUCUGAUGUUAGACAUCAGGCUGAGACUGCCAUUUGGCCUUUAAAUAAAAUGGUUUGAGAAAAGCCAACUAGGACCAAAUAAGAGGUAAAUUUAAUAGUCCAAAUAAGAGCUAAACAAAGUAGUGUAGAGUUUACCAACUAUUCUAACAACCCCCUAAAGCUCUCCUUAGAUUUAAGAUAAUGGGGAAAAAAUCGUAGUGUUGUCUUUGGACAACAUGAUAUUGCUACCUCCUUUUUCCUGCAGUUUUAUUGCAUUUUAUUGGCAAAACAGGGAAAGUAAGAGAAUGGAAAGUGCACAAAUUUAAAGAAUGAACAUCCUGAGUAGGAAAAGUUUCCAGUUUUGCCGCCACUAACGUGUCAGUUGCUUUCUUUCUGUUUGUUGGGAGCACAACCAAAUUAUAAUUUGAGGUGAGAUUAAUUUCUACUCUUGAAUGGUUUAUUAUAACUGUGUUUUCUCCACGUGUUGGCUGUGCAGAUCAACAAGUUUCAGGAAUGGCUUUUCUGCCUGAAGUGUGCUAUCUUAAACUUUUGAGAUGCCUCAUUAAGAAACUUCAGGUUGAAGAGAGUAGCUGUGAUUACACGCAUGGUGUCUUAAAAUGUGCACAUUGCACAAAAUGUUCCCAGCUUUUGGAAGGAAAGAUGCUUGAGCUUAUGUUUCAUAACUGGUGUUGCUUUUAAAUUUGCACUUUUAAAAAUUCGUAUAAUUAAAUUCAAAAACAUAGUUUGUUUUUGUUGUUGUAAGGGCUCUGGAGUGAAUGGCUGUGAAUUAUCCACUGUGUAUUUCAAACAAAUAAGAAGCUGUGGUUGUCAGGUAGCUAUCGUAGCAUUCAUGGAUUUGUAUUAUUUUUUUAUUGAUUUCUUAAUUUAAUAGGGUUUCUCUUUUCAAACGUUGGUUGCCUUUCAAAUUUUCUUUCUUGUAACAGGUUAUGCUUAUACUUGCAAUUAAAAAAAAAAAAAACUGCUUUCCGUGCCCUUGCAAGAUGCUCCUUGGAGUCAAUGGGCUUACUGCAUGAAGGAAAGCCUGAGCAAGUCUUAGCAGAGACUGGGAAAGAGAUGGUUAUUUUUUGAGUAGGCAUUUCUUUAAACAUUUUCAGUGUUAAAUUGUUUGCAUAUAUGAAUGAAGAUAAAUGUUUCACCUUUUGUUCUUCAGCUGAGUCUAAGAAGCUUACUAAUUCCAUGUGUCAUCUUCCAAAUUCUUUAGAUUUCGUAGCUUCACUAACAAUUGAUACUUACGUCAUUGAUCUCUGAGAUAAAUUUUUGGCUUCUUUUUAAUGUGUUUUACAAGAAUGCCAAGCCUACCGGUAACUGUAUGAUUUCCAGAAGGAUCUGGGUUUUAUUUCCAUUAAAAAAAAUUAUAUCAGCUGAUCUUGCUGUCUGUACUCUGGCAAGAACUUCCCUGUCUUUGUUGGAGGUUGUGCCUCUGUCAGGACAGCAGAUGAGUUCCCACCUAAGUAUUGUCUUACUUGUGAGGUGUUGCUCCCUAUCCCGUUGUUGUGGUUUGAUCCCGCAGGCACCAUGCAGCCUUUUGCUCGCUCCCCCCACAGUGGGAUGGGGGAGAGAAUCUGAAAAAUGGUUAAAAGCUCAUGGGUUGAGAUAAAGACAGUUUAAUAGGACAGAAAAGGAAGGGGAGGAGCUGUGCCAGGAUGAGCUGUGUUUCAGUACCAGCCACUUCAGACAGAGCUCGAACCCCUUCAUACACUGCCAGUAGCUCUUUCAGCUACAGUUAGGCCUCAGAAUCCCCAACUCCAGAACCCUAGGGCUUGGCCUCGGGUCUUCCUGGGCUCUUUCUGCCAGAGGCUCCAGGUGGGGACGUUCUCCCCGAGGGCCCCUCCAGUCCUGGUCAGAGUAUUCAUCACUCACUUCUUUGCGAGUGAUAAACCCAAGCCUUUAGGGCCUAGGUAGAUUUUCCAUCCAAAUUCCUCAUGUCCUCUCCGUGGUUGUGCAGGUAAAACCAGGGGGACACGUGGUGUGUACCCCCAUAUCCCCCACUUAAGCAGAGCAAUGCUUACUCCUAAUAGCUGAGUGGCUUCCCUGCCCUCUGAUUGCAGGCUACAGCUCCCGCUCUCCCAGUGUCAGAGCAGCCAGGUGUUGAUGUGUUAGCCUGGAUGAUGGCUGAAACCCUUUGGGAGGUAGUUGCAGCUGACUCAGGGGUAGGAAUUGGGUGUCUGCUGCCUUGUUUGUGAGGUCUGCCUCUUCCUCGUGUUCCUGUGGUAGCCCUGCUUCGGAGCAGUCUGCCUCGUCCGCUUCUUUCGCUUCUUAGUGGGAGUUUCUUCUCUUGCUGAACGAGCUAACUCCUGUGUCCAUUGCUGCUUCUUGAACAGAGGAGCAGCUGAGCUGAUCCUGGCACGGGCUGGUUCAGCUGCAGUUUGUGUUGUGAGGUUGGAUUAGCUGCAGUGCCUGGCGUUUUGUUGUCAGAUCCGGAGACCUUCCCUUCCCCUUGCGGGUGGCUGAAUCAUGUUGAACAGGGCUCUUGGUAGGCACAGGCCAGGUCCCAGCACAUGGCAGCAAUCUGUGUCUCUGGAAUCACCAGGUGACAGCGUACUCUUUCCAAAUAUUUUCCUAGCUUUUCAGGAUUCUGCACUUGUUCAGGGGUGAAGUCCCAAAGUGCUGGAGGUGCCCACUGCCCCACGGACCUCCCGGCCACUCCUAACUAUGCUGCCUCCGGGUGGCAUUCCUAAAUAGCUGCUUAACCUUGAACAAAACAAGAAACGUGUUCAGGAGACGUAGCAAUAGCAACAUGAUGGUUUGAACAUCCCAAGGUUAUUCGAAAUUCUCAAGAGAUAUUGUGACUAGCCUGGAGGAAAAGGGGAAGGGGAAGGAGAAAAAGAAGGUGAAGAAGUGUGGGGAAAGUGUCUCCUUUGUCUCCCCCAUAGAUUGUCUCUCUAGGAAAGAAGGUAAAGAAUAUAAUUAUUUAUAGUUGCUGAGAGAUGGUUCCUGAAGUAUGAGUAUGAUGGUAAUGUAGAGUACAAAUACCAGAUUAAUCUCACAACCAGUGAUUUUAUUGCAUCAUAAGCCACUGUUACGCAGUACAGCAAAGUGAUAACCUCAAACCAGCCCCCAGGGAUGUUCCACAGGCACAGGGAGCGUAGGCAGCAAGCGAGGUGUUACACAGCACGGCUCUGAGAGCAAAAAUUCCAACAUUCUGACCAGCAGCUGUUAAACUAAUACAACGCUUACACCAAUUUUGUUUUAAUGUGCUCUGGUCAGCUCUGUCAUUACCUCAACCCUUCGUGCCCCACGUCGGGUGCCAAAAGGACGGCCGUGGUUUAACCCGGCUGCCAGCUCAGCACCACGCAGCCGUUUGCUCGCUCACCCCACAGUGGGAUGGGAGUGGGAAUUGAGGAAAAUAAAAUAAAAAAGGUAAAAGCUCAUGGGUUGAGAUAAAGACAGUUUAAUAGGACAGAAAAGGAAGGGAAAACAAUAGUAAUAAUAGAAAAAAGCCUGUAAAACAAGUGACGCGCGAUGCGAUUGCUCACUGCCUGUCCCCAAGCAGUGGCUGCACCCCCCGGCCAGCCCCCCCAGUUUUAUGUUUGCAGGACACUCCUGGUACGGGAUAUCCCCGGCCGCAUCCCCUCCCUGCUCCUCACACACCCCCAGGCACAAAGCUGAGUCCUUGGCCCUGUGCAAGCACUGCUCAGCAGCACCUAAACGUGGGGAUUUAGCAGGUUGUUCUCAUCCUAAAUCCAAACUGCAGCACCACGCCAGCUACUAGGAGGAACAUUACCUCUGUCCCAGCUGAAACCAGGACACCCAUACACUCUUUUAUCUUUAAAGUGGUCUAAACACUGAGACAGAAGAAAGGCGCAAAUUGUGAGUUUGUAGGUUAGAAGGUUUUUUUUCAGUUCCCGUUUGUCUGUUCCUCCCUGCGCAAACUCCAUGAAAAGUGAAAGAUUUUCAACUGAUUUUUACUUUAAAAUGUUUUAUUUAAGCAGGUAGCACAAUCUACUAAUGUUAUUUGAUCUUUUGUGUUUGUUACAUUGGUUGUAAUUAAUUUUUUAAAUUAAAUUAAUUCAUGAUUUAGUAGUAAAUUUAUUAAGUUAACUAUUAACUAUAUUCACUUUGUAAAUUAUUGUAUAAAACUUAUUGACAAUGCACUGACUUUAGAAAGAUGUUAAUGUACAUAAAUACCUUGUAAAUAAAUAGUGUUGAUGUACUGGAAUAUGAGCUGUAUUAAAAAAGGUAUCGGUAAUUGUAUAUGGAGUGAACCUGUUUAUCUGUAACUAUAUUAUUCAAACAAAUUAAAUACUGUGGAUGCAGAUAAAGUGUCA